AAACAGCCACAACCGUAGACAAAAUUGAGAGAGAGAGAGCAGAGCGAAGAGCAGCAGCAGUGUUGCACAGUAGCAGGACGAAGCAAGUAGUAGGUUGCAGAAUGAAGCUUAGCAGUUUGCAGAUAUCUGCCUUGCAGGUUACAGGCUGCAGGUUGCAGGUCAAAGCUCAUGCGGAGACCAAAAGAGGCGAUGUUGGGCAUCAUACUCUAUGGGAAUGAGUGGGCGAGUAGUGGGUAAGAGAACCAAGGCAGUAAGUAGCAGAGAUGAGACCUUUGUUUGUGUUUAGGGUUCUGAUUUGGUCUCAUUCGAUUUUAGGCUUUAGGUGCUUGUUUAACAAAGCGGGUUGCCAAACUAGGUCACAGGUUUUACGGUUUAAAAUAAAAAUUCAGGCAGGAUAGGAUUGAACGUUUCUGCCAAUUUAUGAUCUUUGCAUGCGGUUCAGCAUGGCCAAAGCAUGUGAAGAUUGUAGAAUUGUGCGAUUCUAUGAGCCAGCACACGAUUUUAAUUACCAUGCCUCUAUCAAUCAGGCCCAUAAUCAUUGAUUAUGAAGAUAUUCAUGUGCCAGUUGUUAUUUUCUCACCUUAGAGGGAAAAGGCUUUUGUUGUUGGUUAUAAUUCCUCAUUUUCCAUAUGGAAUAGACUUCAGUGUGAGCCAAAUUUACUUGUCCUAAUAUACUUGACACACUUGAAACAACAGUAAAUUACAAUAACUAGGCUUUGUACAAAAUAAAUCAAUAAUCAAUAUGAAUCAUAGAUUUUUAGUUUAACAAAUUGUUGAUUUUUUGGAUACAUUUUCAGCUUUAGCAACUCAGCAACACAUAUAUUUCAAAUAAAGGUUCUGUUUGUGGAAUUAUAUUGGUUAGAAAGGAGGUUGGUGAAAUGGCCUAGCAUGGAGAUUGGGAAUGGUAAUGGUAGGCUAAAAUGCAUGUAAAAAUGGCCUUGCUGGGAUUUGCAGCUGGGAUCAAGCAGUCCACAAAGGGACUUGGUGCCACACUGCCACUAGCUCUUGGAUAAAUAUGUUAUAUUUAAAUACAAACAAUUGGCUUGAUUUCUCCUCCCAAACUGUGGCAUGGACUGUUUUUUUUUUGUUGUUGUUGUAAUAUGCACUAAGUACUAACCAAAUGGUACAGCAAUCAAUGUUUGGUUUGGAUUUGUUUAAGUUCUUUACUUAGUCUGGUUGAUUCUUUGACUACCCUAAUGUGCAUACUGUAUUUAUACUAGCAGUCAUAUGAAGUUAUCUAGAAGUAAGGGCUAUUGGCUAGCCAACUAUAUCAUAAAGCCAUGCUUAUAAUAAGGGGAAGACUCUUGUUGUUAGCAAAGUUCCAUUGCCUGAUUAUCGUGCAGAUCUUGAUGACCGCCAUGGAUCAACACAGAAGGAGAAUGUCCACAGACAUUGAGAGGAGAGUAGGAAAUCUUUUGAAUAGCUCACAAUCAAUGGGGGCAGCUCCUACAAGUUUUCCUUCUGUAUCAACUGACCCUGGACAUAAACAAUCAGUGUCCACUAUAAAACCUACUUCUUCACGACAGACUGAUUCUUCAAAGGAAAAACUUAGUGUUGCACUCAAGGAAAGGCAGGAACGUGUACAGGCUAGUGAUAGUUUGAAGGAAAUGAAAUUAUUUAGGGAGAAGCUUCCUGCAUUUAAAAUGAAGUCUGAGUUUCUAAAAGCUGUUCAAGAAAAUCAGGUAUUAGUAGUUUCAGGAGAGACAGGUUGUGGCAAAACAACACAACUGCCACAAUUCAUUCUUGAAGAAGAAAUAUCUUGUUUACGUGGAGCUGAUUGCAACAUAAUUUGUACUCAGCCUCGUCGUGUAUCUGCAAUUUCUGUUGCAGCACGAAUAUGUGCUGAAAGAGGUGAGAGUCUUGGCGAAACAGUUGGAUACCAAAUUCGUCUUGAAUCAAAACGUUCUGCAGAAACACGCCUUCUCUUCUGCACCACUGGUGUGUUACUUCGGCAGUUGGUACAAGACCCAGAGUUGACUGGUGUUAGUCAUUUGGUGGUGGAUGAAAUUCACGAAAGAGGCAUGAAUGAAGACUUCUUAAUUAUAAUUUUACGUGACCUUCUUCCCAGACGUCCAGAUUUACGUCUCAUUCUGAUGAGUGCCACUAUUAAUGCUGAUUUGUUCUCAAAGUACUUUGCAAAUGCCCCAACAAUACACAUACCAGGAUUUACUUUCCCUGUGGCAGAGCACUUCCUAGAAGAUGUGUUGGAGAAAACUCGAUAUAACAUCAAGUCAGAGUUUGACAAUUUUGAGGGGAAUUCAAGGAGAAGAAGGAAACAGCAGGAUUCAAAGAAGGAUCCUUUGAUUGAAAUGUUUGAGGAUGUUGAUUUAGAUGCUCAUUACAAAAAUUACAGCUUGGGUGUUAGAAAAUCUAUUGAAGCUUGGUCAGGUUCACAGAUUGAUUUGGGUUUGGUUGAGGCAACAAUUGAAUAUAUAUGUUGGAAUGAAGGUGGUGGAGCAAUUCUUGUAUUUCUAACGGGCUGGGAUGAAAUUUCUAAGCUACUUGACAAACUUAAAGGAAAUAACUUACUUGGAGACUCUAGCAAGUUUUUAAUCCUUCCUUUACAUGGCUCAAUGCCUACCAUCAACCAAUGUGAAAUAUUUGACCGUCCUCCCCAUAACAAAAGAAAAAUUGUGCUAGCAACAAAUAUUGCUGAGAGUAGUAUCACCAUAGAUGACGUUGUGUAUGUCAUAGACUGUGGCAAAGCAAAGGAGACCAGCUAUGAUGCUCUAAAUAAGCUUGCGUGCCUGGUACCAUCAUGGAUUUCAAAGGCUUCAGCUCAUCAGAGACGUGGUCGUGCUGGUAGAGUGCAACCUGGAGUUUGUUUUAGGUUGUAUCCAAAAUUGAUCCACGAUGAAAUGCCCCAGUAUCAGUUAGCAGAAAUCCUCCGAACACCUUUGCAAGAAUUGUGCCUCCAUAUUAAAAGUUUGCAGCUUGGAACUGUCGGAUCAUUUUUAGAAAAGGCACUUCAGCCACCAGAUCCUUUAGCUGUUAAGAAUGCUAUUGAACUUCUCAAAACAAUUGGGGCAUUAGAUGAUAAGGAGGAGCUUACUCCACUGGGUCAACAUCUUUGUAGCAUACCUUUGGACCCAAAUAUCGGGAAGAUGCUUCUCAUGGGCUCUAUCUUUCAGUGCCUCAAUCCUGCCUUAACUAUUGCUGCUGCUCUUGCUUACCGCAAUCCAUUUGUCUUGCCUAUAAAUAGAAAAGAGGAAGCUGAUGCUGCAAAACAAUCUUUUGCCGGUGAUUCUUGCAGUGAUCACAUAGCCCUUCUCAACGCAUUUGAAGGAUGGAAGGAGGCAAAACGUAGUGGGAAUGAAAAGCAUUUUUGUUGGGAUAAUUUCCUAUCCCCAGUAACCUUGCGGUUGAUUGAUGAUAUGAGAAUUCAGUUUCUCAAUUUAUUAUCUGACAUGGGAUUUGUUGACAAGUCCAGGGGUGCUAAUGCUUACAACCAGUACAGUCAUGAUUUGGAGAUGGUUUGUGCAAUUCUUUGUGCUGGGCUCUACCCUAAUGUUGUGCAGUGCAAAAGAAGAGGAAAACGGACAGCAUUCUACACUAAAGAAGUAGGGAAGGUUGACAUCCAUCCUGCUUCUGUUAAUGCUGGGGUUCAUCUCUUCCCUCUGCCAUACAUGGUAUAUAGUGAAAAGGUGAAAACAACCAGCAUCUAUAUUAGAGACUCUACAAACAUUUCAGAUUAUGCCUUACUUCUAUUUGGUGGUAAUCUCAUCCCUAACAAAAGUGGCGAGGGCAUUGAAAUGCUAGGUGGUUAUCUUCAUUUCUCUGCUUCAAGGAGUGUUAUUGAGUUGAUAAGGAAAUUGCGUGGGGAGCUUGACAAACUUCUAAAUAGAAAAAUUGAAGAACCAGGAUUGGACAUUUCUGCUGAAGGAAAGGGAGUGGUUGCUGCUGCUGUUGAGUUGCUGCAGAGUCAAAUCGUUAGAUAAUUUCUUUUUACGGGACUGACAGCAUGUUGUUGAGUCCUGCCAUUCGUUAGCCAUCAUAAUUAGCAUAAGUUUUGGCGAUUUUGGUAGCAGUUUUUAUUGAUCGCUAGCAAUAUUAUUUAUCUAGAAUGUAUAUGUGCAAUAAUUGUGUUUUCUUUGGCUAGGAAGGAGAUACUAAUGGAAAAAAGCCAUGGGUCGAAUUUCACAAUAGAUUCUUCUCAUAAAGGAAACUGGGUAGCCUUAGGCAACAUAUAGCAAUAAUUCUUUCUUUGGUGGAUUACAUACAUUAUUUAGGCUAUCUGUAGCAAUGUUUGACGUAGUUGUCAUUUCUUACCACAAAUUGUUUACUUCAUACAAUU